AUGAGUAAGUUUGUGUCGGGUACUUCCGAAUUAGUGGUCAAAGAAUGCCUAACUGCCGUGCUUGUUAAGGAUAUGGAUGUUUCCCGGUUGAUGAUACAUGCACAACAAAUAGAAGAGGAAAAACUUAAGGAGAAAACUAGGGAUUCAAAGAGGAAAAGAAGGGAUGAUGGUGAGUCUUCACAUUCAAUGUCCGAUGGAGAAAAUCAUUCUCAAGGUAAGGGUGGUAGUGAGCAAAUGUGGCCCGAGUGUAGGGAGUUUGGGAGAAGACAUGAGGGUAAAUGUCUAGCCGGUUCUAAUGUUUGUUUUGGUUGUGGUAAGAUAGAGCAUAAAAUAAGGAAUUGUCCUUUGGUUGCUAGAAAUGAAGGAGAUAGUCCUCGACGGGCUCAACCUUACCCUUCCUCCGAUCCUAUUGGUGGCUGGAAACAAGAUAGGUUCUAUGCUCUUCAAACUCGACAAGAUCAUGAGGGUUCCCGGGAUGCGGUGAUUGGUAAAACAUGUGGAUAUGAAAGAGAAAUGAAAAGAAGAAAAAAGAAGAAAAUACAGGCUAGAACAAGCACCACGGAGACUCGUACGGGCCAUGGUUAUAUUGACAGUUUGUCACAGAGCCCAUGGUGA